ACGCCGCGGCAGCCAAUAGGGCUUCGGGAGGGCAGAUUUGAAAAGCGAAGGAAAAGGCGUUUUUGGAGGAGACGCGGAUGGGAGGCUGUUGGCUGGCAGAGUGACUCUUGGGAUUCAAUACUGGAGCUGCGGUAAUUUUGCUCACCAUCUUUCUGACUUGGUGCUGGACACCAGAGCUGUGCUGUCUGUCCCUCUGAGGAUUCUGAUAUCCGAUGGUCUUUCAGAUCAUCUUGUGAUCCAAGAUGGCAAAUAAGGAAAAUUUGAGCAGUAUGUAUAGCCUUUCCAAAUAUCGGGUGAACAGCAUGACAAGUGCUCAGAGGGUUGCCUGUAAGGAUACCAACACUCCAUCAUCCAUCACCCCUUCUGGAUUACUUUUGGCCCACAGAGCUAUUUCCAGCAGCACAAAGCACGGCCCGAAGGAUUCGGGUGCCCAGAAUAUGGCUGUCGCAGGCAGGGUCCCUAUUGAGUCUGGCUCCAUGGCUCAGCCGCCAAAGGAAGGCCCCGAGCGCGUAAUCACCAUUGAUGACUUUGAGAUCGGGCGUCCUCUGGGCAAAGGCAAGUUUGGGAACGUCUACCUGGCUCGGGAGAAAGAGUCCAAGUUCAUUGUGGCACUCAAGGUGCUCUUCAAAUCCCAAAUGGAGAAGGAGUGCGUGGAGCAUCAGCUGCGGCGAGAGAUUGAAAUCCAGUGUCACCUCAGCCACCCAAAUAUCCUGCGCCUUUACAACUACUUCCACGACCGGAAGCGUGUCUAUCUGAUCCUGGAGUAUGCCCCUCGCGGGGAGCUCUACAAGGAACUGCAGAAGCACCGGCGUUUCGAUGAGCAGAGGAGCGCCACGUACAUGGAAGAGCUGGCUGAUGCCCUCCUCUACUGUCACAGCAAGAAGGUCAUUCACCGUGACAUCAAGCCGGAGAACUUGCUUAUGGGGCUUAAAGGGGAGCUGAAGAUUGCUGAUUUCGGCUGGUCCGUGCAUGCCCCCUCACUCAGGAGAAAGACCAUGUGUGGGACUAUGGACUACCUGCCCCCUGAGAUGAUUGAAGGCAAACCACACAACGAGAAGGUGGACCACUGGUGCAUCGGGAUCUUGUGUUACGAGUUCCUGGUGGGGCACCCGCCCUUCGAGACCGCUUCCGCCCCGGAGACGUAUCGGCGCAUUGUAUCGGUAGAUCUUAAGUUCCCCCCGUUUGUGACAGAAGGAGCCCGGGACUUGAUUUCAAAGCUGCUGCGCCACAACCCGGCUGAUCGACUGCCACUUCAGGGUGUGAUGGAGCACCCUUGGGUGAAAGCCAACUCACGGCGGGUGCUGCCUCCUGUCUAUAACGCUGGGCCUGUGAACUAGCUCUAAGGAGUGACUCAUGAGGAGGGACUGGUUAUAACCGAGCGACGGCCCAGGCAGAAUUUUGGUUUGGUUGUGUUUUAAGGCUUUCUUUCAAAUGAUUGUAGGGUCUUAAUUUUAUUUAUUUCUUUUGAUCCUGGAAGAACUGAUAGACGAUUAGCGUAUUUCUGCCUGCUGGGGUAUCGGCUAUACGUAAACUCCCCCCUCCAAGCUUCUGGGGGAGCUGGCUUGGAUUGCUGAUGUGUCCGUAUUGAAAAACGGGUGUUGCUUCAGUUGGAACUGAAGGCCUUUAAUCCUUACUCUCAGAAAAGCUCUAUUCAUUAGGCCCACAGACACCCAGACUGUUCUAAGACAUUGUUCUUGUGGCAUUAUCCUACAGAGAUGUUUGCGUCUUUUAAUAAAACUAAUAUUUUUAUAUAUA